AUGGCUAGUUGCCCAUUCCAGAAGCUGUGCUGGGUGCACCCAGUUGAUGAUCAGCCACCAUUUCUAGUUACAGCCUCAGGUCCGCUUCUGAUAUCUCUUGACUCUAAAGAUGGAUCUGUCUUGAGUCAAUGGCCAAAGCAAGACGAGACUACUCAGCACAAGUACUCUCAAGAAUCAACCGAAAAUGGCGAGCGAUCCACAAAACGUCAAAAACUGGAUACAGACGACCAUGUCGCUCUAUCUCGCCAGACCUCCCAAGAUUCAAUUGAGAUCAUUUCAGAACGAAAGAAGGGAGAGCGACGAAAGCCCAAGGUCGAGACCACAAAGCAGCCCAACUUUUCACAUUUAGUUGCUACUAGCGAUGGAACCACGGUCGUUGGUGUGAUGACGGAGGACAAGUCAAUCAAUGUUUUCCAAGUCCUCUCGGCGGGGGAACUCAGUCUGCAGAGCAAAAGAUCCAUGCCAAAGCGGAUGUGUGCGAUCAUACUGACACCUGACGAGAAGACCAUCUUGGUCGGCGAUAAAUUUGGGGACGUGUAUUCGUUGCCGCUACAUCCUGCAGAAGACUGGGUGGCUCAAAAGUCCGAGCAAAAGGAAGUGUUCAUUCCUUCCGCAACAGAACUUACCGUCCAUACGAAGGGUAAUCUCGAAGCGCUACGUCAACAACGCGAGCAGAAGAUCCGUAAUCCAAAGAAAGAAGGACCAGAUUUCGAACACAAGCUCCUGUUGGGCCACGUAUCCCUGUUGACAGAUGUUGUAAUCGCUGAGAUACAGGAUGGCUUGAAGCGGAAACAGUUCAUUCUAACUUCCGAUCGAGACGAGCAUAUCCGAGUCUCUCGUGGGGUGUCUCAAGCUCACAUCAUAGAGGCUUAUUGUAUGGGCCACCGGGAGUUUGUCAGUUGCCUGUCCAUCAUGCCCUGGAAGUCGGAGUACUUGGUGGCUGGUAGUGGUGAGCCAUCUCUAAAGGUCUUUGAUUGGCAGAACGGACGCUUGCUAGAUGAGGAGUUAUUCCACGGGGCUGUUCAACAGGACAUCACCAAUGCACUGCCUGAAGCCGACGAGGGUCGUACAGUAGACCGUCUGGCGGUCACUGGAAUUUGGCCCAUUCACUAUAGCGCUGCUCAAAACUCACCAAACACCAGCCAGCCUCCACACAUUCUCCUUGUAGCGUUGGAAGGUUUACCGCUUCUUCUGAGCUACAAGCUUGAUGAUUAUGGAAAGCUGCUACACCACCAGACUCUGACUCUGGCAGGGAAUAUUUUGGAUGUAGGAAUUGGACCUGCACUAUGGGAUAUUGUAGUCAGCAUCGACACGGUGCAUCGUCCUGGUUCUGUCAAGACACUUCGACCAGAAGAAACACCAGCUCCAGAGCUAUUCGAGACCUUUGAGUUGUUCUCGAAUCUAGACGACAUGAAUGACUCGACUGAACAGCUGGAGCAUUAUACCGAGCUGCGGUGGGAGCGCUCAAGCUAUGCAAUGCUACUGAACAACGCGGCGGCAGCAGUGGAGAGAAUCAAGGUCUCAACGGAACCUCCUCCACAGUCCAAAGGUGUAUACGGCGCGGUUGGGGAGGUGCUCUACGGGUUGGAGAACUUGCGAAAGAAGAGCCAUGGUGAGGCGAAUGUGGAUGGAGAAGAGCCACUGGAGGAGGCCAUUGUCGAAGCAGAAAUGGGCACAACGCCUGAGCCGAUCAUAGCAGAGCAGGUCCAUGUAUAA